CUCCCUCUCUCUCUCUCUCUCUCUCUCUCCCCGGUGCGCGUGCACGCUCCUCCUCCAGUCCGGGUCCGCGGGGUCGAGCAUGUAGCGGCUCCUCGUCCCCCCCGCCCCCCCACGCAGCUCCCGCAGCUCCCGCAGCUCCCCGGGCCCCGGGCCGCCAUGGCCACCGACUCCCCCGCAAGGAGUCUGGACGAGAUCGACCUGUCGGCGCUGCGGGACCCCGCUGGGAUCUUCGAGCUGGUCGAACUGGUUGGAAAUGGCACCUAUGGGCAGGUCUACAAGGGUCGCCAUGUCAAGACGGGGCAGCUGGCCGCCAUCAAGGUCAUGGAUGUCACAGGGGAUGAAGAGGAGGAGAUUAAAGCCGAGAUCAACAUGCUGAAGAAGUACAGCCACCACAGGAACAUCGCCACCUACUACGGAGCCUUCGUCAAGAAGAACCCCCCAGGAAUGGACGACCAGCUCUGGCUGGUGAUGGAGUUCUGUGGCGCCGGUUCAGUGACGGACCUGAUCAAAAACACCAAAGGAAACUCCCUGAAGGAGGAGUGGAUCGCCUACGUCUGCAGAGAGAUCCUGAGGGGCCUGACCCACCUGCACCAGCACAAGGUCAUCCACCGGGACAUCAAGGGCCAGAACGUCCUGCUGACGGAGAACGCCGAGGUCAAGCUGGUGGACUUCGGCGUGAGCGCUCAGCUGGACCGCACGGUGGGCCGGAGGAACACCUUCAUCGGGACGCCGUACUGGAUGGCCCCCGAGGUCAUCGCCUGCGACGAGAACCCCGACGCCACCUACGACUUCAAGAGUGAUCUGUGGUCGCUCGGCAUCACGGCGGUGGAGAUGGCGGAGGGAGCGCCACCGCUGUGCGACAUGCAUCCCAUGAGGGCGCUCUUCCUCAUCCCCAGGAAUCCUGCGCCGAGGCUCAAGUCCAAGAAGUGGUCCAAGAAGUUCCAGUCGUUCAUCGAGAGCUGCCUGGUGAAGAGCCACGGCCAGCGGCCGAGCACGGAGCAGCUGCUCAAGCACCCCUUCAUCCUGGACCUGCCCAACGAGCGGCAGGUCCGCAUCCAGCUCAAGGACCACAUCGACCGCACCAAGAAGAGGAGGGGGAGAGCAGAUGAGACGGAGUACGAGUACAGCGGCAGCGAGGAAGAGACAGCGGCAGAGGAAGAGGACGAGGAGAGGGACAUAGGCGAGCCCAGCUCCAUCAUCAACAUCCCCGGGGAGUCCACGCUGAGGCGGGACUUCCUGCGCCUCCAGCUGGCCAACAAGGAGCGCUCGGAGCUGAUCCGCCGCCAGCAGCUGGAGCAGCAGCAGAACGAGGAGCACAAGCGGCAGCUGCUGGCCGAGCGGCAGAAGCGCAUCGAGGAGCAGAAGGAGCAGCGGCGCCGGCUGGAGGAGCAACAGCGGCGCGAGCGGGAGCUGAGGAAGCAGCAGGAGCGCGAGCAGCGGCGGCGGUACGAGGAGAUGGAGCAGCUGCGGCGGGAGGAGGAGAGGCGGCACGCCGAGAGAGAGCAGGAGUACAUCCGUAGACAGCUGGAGGAGGAGCAGCGGCAGCUGGAGAUCCUGCAGCAGCAGCUCCUGCAGGAGCAGGCUUUACUGCUGGAGUACAAGCGGAAGCAGAUCGAGGAGCAGCGGCAGGCGGAGCGGCUGCAGAGGCAGCUGCAGCAGGAGCGGGCCUACCUGGUGUCGCUGCAGCAGCAGCAGCAGGAGCCGCCGCGACCGCCGCCCGACAAGAAGCAGCUGUACCACUACAAGGACCAGGCGCCCAGCAGCAACGACAAGCCGGCCUGGGCCAAAGAGGUGAUGCGCCGAGCUCAGAGCAACUCCCCCCGCGUCCCGCCCAAGCGGUACCACUCCUUCAGGCAGCAGCGCCGCGGCGCCAACCUGGACAACCUGCUCCUGCUGCCCGGCUACAAGCCGUCCCGCUCCCGCCCCCCGUCCUACCCCGCGCACCUCAGCCCCGCCCGGGACCACCUGCACCUGCCCCGGAUCCGGGUCACCUGCGUGCCGGGGCCGGACGGCCGGAGCCCCCAGCGGAGCCCCCAGCGGAGCCCCCAGCGGAGCCCCGACUCCAGGGGCCGCAGCGCCGGCCGCCGGGUGGAUGAGAUGAACCGACAGGCCUCUCCGGCCUUUCAGCAUAAAGUCUCCAACCGGAUCUCGGACCCGUCGCUGCCGCCGCGGUCCGAGUCCUUCAGCAGCGGAGGAAUCCAGCAGGCCCGGACGCCGCCCAUGCACCGGUCUGGCGAGCCGCAGGUGGCCCACCUGGUGCAGGUGAAAGGUCACGGCCUGUCGGGCUCCCAGUCCCUGUACGACCCCCAGGGGGGGCACCCCCCCUCCCGGCCCCCCAUGCCCCGGCAGAACUCCGACCCCACCUCGGACACGCCCCCGACCCUGGCCCCGCCCCCCUCCCGUCUGGCCCCGCCCCUCGACAAGCUGGACCGCUGGAGGAAAGACGACGACACGCCGCCCAAGGUUCCCCAGAGGACGACCUCCAUCUCUCCGGCGCUGGUCAGGAAGCACUCCCCCGGGAACGGGCCGGGCCUGGGCCCGCGGCCCGGCGCCCACCUCAUACGAGCCAGCAACCCGGACCUGCGGCGGGCCGAGGUCCUGACGGACACGCCGCUGAAGAGGACGAGCAGCGGCAGCUCGUCCAGCUCCAGCACGCCCAGCUCGCAGGGCGGCUCCGACGACAGAGGUAAUUCAGCCACCAAGGACGGCUCCACACUUUCGUCCCACGACGUUAGAGACGACGGCCGGGAGGUGACGCGGCCGAGCAGACCUGCAGAUCUAACGGCUCUGGCUAAAGAGCUGCGAGAGCUGCGGCAGGGGGAGGAAACCAGCCGCCCGCCCGUCAAGGUGACGGACUACUCGUCGUCCAGCGAGGAAUCGCACAGCAGCGAGGACGAGGAUGGAGAGGGCGGAGCCAACGAUGGCUCGGUGGCCGUCAGUGACAUACCGCGGAUCAUGCCUCCUGCAAGUCAAAGCACCAACGAGCCGUUCAGCAUGAUAGGAAGUCACAACGACGCCCACGGUGACCUGUACGGAGACAGAUCCCAGGACAGCACCCUGAGGAUGCGCGAGAGAUCUCGGGGACCGAGGCGGGGCUCUGCUGCCAGCAACAGUUUCCCUGGCAACUUUAGUCUGUUCCUUGGCAACACCAAUCUCCCAGAUUUGGUGCAGCAGAGCAGCUCCCCUCUGGCCCCCCCCGGGGACGCCGGGGCCCAAUACGGCAUGGGGAGCGGCGGCGGCUCCAAGUCGUCCUUCACGCCCUUCGUGGACCCGAGGGUGUACGGGACCUCCCCGACUGAAGACGACGAUCAGGACUCGGCUGAAGCGCUGUUCGCUGACGAGCUGCUGAAGCACGAGCAGGAGGAGGCGCGGCUGAACGAGGCCAGGAAAAUCUCCGUGGUGAACGUCAACCCCACCAACAUCCGGCCGCACAGCGACACGCCGGAGAUCCGGAAAUACAAGAAGCGCUUCAACUCGGAGAUCCUGUGUGCGGCGCUGUGGGGUGUGAACCUGCUGGUGGGGACGGAGAACGGACUGAUGCUGCUGGAUCGAAGCGGCCAAGGCAAAGUUUACAACCUGAUCAAUCGAAGACGCUUCCAACAGAUGGACGUCCUGGAAGGACUCAACGUCCUGGUCACCAUCUCUGGGAAGAAGAACAAGCUGCGUGUUUACUACCUGUCCUGGCUGAGGAACCGGAUAUUACACAACGAUCCGGAGGUGGAAAAGAAGCAGGGCUGGAUCACCGUGGGCGAGCUGGAGGGCUGCGUUCACUACAAAGUCGUGAAAUACGAGAGGAUCAAGUUCUUGGUCAUCGCUUUGAAGAACUCCGUUGAAAUAUACGCCUGGGCUCCGAAACCUUACCACAAGUUUAUGGCCUUCAAGAGUGAUCUGUGGUCGCUCGGCAUCACGGCGGUGGAGAUGGCGGAGGGAGCGGCCACGUAA